UCUCAUUUUUUCUCGAUCAGUGUUGUUGUUUCGCGUUUUUUCCUUUUUAUUGUAUUUAUAUACUCCCCUUAACCUACGCCGGUGAAAGCUCUUAACCUACGCUACACAUCGCCGGCGAUUUUUGUUUUAUGAUAUUCAAACUUCUAGAGAAGAAGAAGAGAUCUUUGAUCGGAGAAAAGAUUGUUUUAGAUGGAGGUUAUGGUGGGAUCUUCGUAUGGUAUCGGCAUGGCGGCGUACGUUAGAGAUCGCGGCGGCGUUACGGCGCAGGAUAAGGCUGUUCAGACUGCUCUGUUUUUGGCUGAUGAAUCUGGACGCGGUGGAUCGCAGAUCGGGUUGAGGAUGAGGAUGAGUGGUGAUGAUGAUAAUAAUAAUAGUAAGUCGCCGGAGGAGUCGUCGGAUAGUUCGUCGUCGAUCGGAGAGAGCAGCGAGAACGAGGAGGAGGAGGAAGAAGACGACGCCGUUUCGUUUCGUGGAGGUGGAACACUUGAUUCGUUUAGUUCUUCUCUUGAAGAGUCUCUUCCGAUUAAGAGAGGAUUGUCGAAUCAUUAUGUUGGAAAAUCGAAAUCGUUUGGGAAUUUAAUGGAAGCAGCGAGCAACAAGGCAAAGGAUUUGGAGAAAGUUGAGAAUCCAUUUAACAAGAGGAGGAGAUUGCUUAUAGCUAACAAGCUAAGGAGGAGAGGAAGAUCUAUGUCGGCUUCGAAUUUUUACUCGUGGCAAAACCCUAAUUCUAUGCCUUUACUUGCACUACAAGAACAUAAUGAAGAAGAUCAUCAUCAUAAUCAUAGUGAUGACUAUGAGGAUGAGGAGGAUGAUGAACAUAGGAAGAUGGCGAUGAUGAUGAUGAUGAAGAAUAAGAGAGAUUUGAUGGCUCAAACUCGAAGCUGUUUCUGUCUAAGUAGUUUACAAGAAGAAGAUGAUGGUGAUGUUGUUGAUGAUGAUGAUGAAUAAAUUAUCAAAUCAAGUAAAGAUUUGUUUCUUUCAAUACUUGGUUUUUAAAUUUGUUCUUCUCUUGUGAAUUUGUUUUUUUUCUCUUUUUUUUUUUUUUCUAUGAAGGGAGAGAGUUAGAGGAAAGUUUCAGUGAUAACAAAGUGGUGGAAGAUUUGAUUUGUUUAGAAAUAAUUUAAUAAUUAAUUAUUAUAUUCAUUAGUAAAGCAGCCUUAAUUAGACUUUUUCAUAA